UAUAUAUACAUGUGCACUGAUAGACAUGAUACACCAAUUCACUACAGCAAGAGCAAGAAAAUCAAACAAGAAACUGAAAAUGGCAGUUAAGGAACUGAUCUUACACAUGAAUGGGGGCGUUGGAGAAACAAGCUAUGCAAGCAACUCAUUACUUCAAAGGACGGUGAUAUCAAUGGUGAAGCCCAUACUGGAAGAGAGCAUAGUGGAGCUUUGUGGCGCCUUGUUGCCUAAGUGCGUGAACAUAGCAGAUUUGGGUUGCUCAGCAGGCCCCAACGCUCUCCUUGUGGUAUCAGAGAUCCUGGAUUCCAUUGAAGCUGCAAGCCAGAAAUCCAACCACAAGUUGCCGUCGUUUCAAGUCUUCUUAAAUGAUCUCCCUGCAAACGAUUUCAAUACUAUUUUCAGGUCUUUGCCCGGCUUCUGUAAGAAGCUGGAGGAAGAAAAGGGUAGCAAGUUUGAGCCAUGUUUCAUUGCAGGAGUACCAGGAUCUUUCUAUGGGAGGCUUUUUCAUAACAAUUCCUUGCACUUUGUUCACUCUUCUUACGCUCUAAUGUGGCUCUCCGAGGCGCCAAAAGCAUUGGGGAGCAAACCAGAAUUACUCAACAAAGGGAAUAUUUGCGUUGCAAAAACAAGCCCUCCUGAAGUGUUUAAAGCAUACAACGAGCAAUUCAAUAGAGAUUUCAGUAUGUUUCUCAAGUCACGGGCUGAAGAGGUUGUCCCUGGAGGCCGAAUGGUGCUGACAACCAUGGCCAGCUUCAGAAGCGAUGAUCCUCUUACCAUCUGGGAAUUUGUGGGGUUAAAGCUCAACGACAUGGUCUUAGAAGGCUUGAUUGAAGAGGAGAAACUGGACUCUUUUAAUUUAUCAUACUAUGCUCCAACAAAAGAGGAAGUGAAGAAGGCGAUAGAGGAAGAAGGAUCCUUUGAGCUGCAAAGACUAGAAACUUUUGCAAUGGAUUGGGACAUGUACAUAAGGAAAGCCAACAGUAGCCUGGAUAAGCAAGCGAGAGCAGCAGUUAUGGCCACUGGUAUUAGAGCAGUUGGUGAGCCCAUUUUGUCUAAUCAUUUCGGUGAAGAGAUUAUGGAUGAUUUAUUCAAGAGGUUCAAAGAUGAUGUCGUCGAUCACAUGGAGACAUAUAACUGCAAGUACAUAAAUUUGGUUAUCUCCCUGACAAAGAAGCACCCUUGAGCGAUUAUGCUUUGAUGUACUGUAGUAAAUCAAGUUUCUUGGGUGAUUAAAGAGCUCUCUGUUGUGUUCUUGCUUCUUUAGAUUUUCGUCAGAUGAAAUAUAAGUGAUCUGACAUGAUUGUAUAGAUUUGUGUGGAUAAUAAAUUCAAGGAGUGAUUCAAACGAUAAA